GAGCGCCAAAGAAAAGGAUUCUCUCACUUCCUCUCUCCUCUGUACAGUUUGACUGUGUGAGUGUGUUGUUCCACCGGCAAAAUUCAAACUUGGGCUUGUCACCGCCAAGAAAGAAAAACAAAGAAAAGAAGAAAAUGAGCAGAAGUAGCGACGACAGUGUUAGCACUAGAAACCAGCGGGUGGGUUUGAUAUUUGACGAGCGGAUGUAUAAACACUACGCUCCUCAUGAAAAGGAUCAUGUUGAAUGCCCUGAUCGAAUUCGGGUCAUCUGGGACCUCCUCAAUUCUUCUGGCCUCGCCAAAAGGUGUAUUAUUUUGAAGGCCAAGGCCGCAGAAGAUAAUCAUUUAGCCUUGGUUCACACCAAAAACCAUAUCACUUUGAUUAAGAAUAUUAGUUCCAAAAACACUAAGUCAAAGAGAAAAAGAAUUGCUGAAAAAUUUGACUCUAUAUAUUUCAAUGAGGGUUCAACUGAAGCUGCUUGUCUUGCUGCUGGCUCUGUCAUAGAGGCUGCAGAAAAAGUUGCCAAAGGGGAAAUUGAUUCAGCCUUCGCUAUUGUGAGGCCUCCUGGUCAUCAUGCUGAGGAAGGUGAACCAAUGGGUUUUUGCCUUUAUAACAAUGUUGCUAUUGCCGCAAGUUAUCUUCUGAACGAAAGACAAGAAUUGGGGAUCAACAAAAUCCUUAUAGUUGACUGGGAUGUACACCAUGGAAAUGGUACUCAAAAAAUGUUCUACAAAGAUCCUCGAGUACUUGUCUUCUCGGUGCAUAGACAUGACUUUGGCACAUUCUAUCCAACUGGUGAUGAUGGCUCAUAUAUCAUGACCGGGGAAGGGGCAGGUGCUGGUCACAACAUUAAUGUCCCUUGGGAGCACGGCAAGUGUGGAGAUGCUGACUACCUCGCUGUUUGGGACCACAUAUUGAUCCCCAUUACUAAGGAAUUCGAACCCGACAUGAUAAUCAUCUCUGCCGGAUUUGAUGCAGCGAAAGGGGAUCCUUUGGGGGGAUGUUGUGUUAGUCCAAAUGGGUACUCAAUUAUGCUCCACAAGUUGAUGAAGUUUGCUGGGGGAAAAAUUGUCAUGUCACUCGAAGGAGGAUACAAUCUGAACUCAACAGCAUGUUCUGUGCGGGCAUGCGUUGAAGUAUUGCUACACGAAAAGUCUCCUAAUGUGGUGUUGGCGGCUAACCCUUUUGAUUCUACGUGGAGCGUGAUACUAGAUGUAGGGCGAGUGUUAAGGCCGUAUUGGGCAUGUGACCUUUUAGACUUGGAUAAGCUCUGGACCUUUAUGGGAUCAUCAGAUGACCAAGACUUAAUAGACUUCAAUGAGUUCUCGACCGUUUUAGGGUCUGAGCAGAACCUCCCAGCCCUAGCUCAGGAAAAGAAAACGACCACGUUGGAGCAGUUGGGCAGUCUUAUGCCUGAACCCUCCAUUGCUAAGAAGACAUCCACCUUAUCCCUUGCUGAGCCAUCUGACACGGAGCCCCUCUGCAAACGUCUCAAGUCAAAGGCGUCUACAACUAAGAGAGUUCUGACUUACUCUCCCGAGAUCUCCUCACCCUUCAAACAGAUUUCAGCCCCCCACUCUUCUGAUAAUCCUCUAUCAGUUGUCCCCAUCCAACAGACUCUCCCAGAAACUGUUGUUCAUGUUGAAGAAGAUGAUGAAGCAUAA